AUGGCCUCUAGCUCAGAUGAAGCUCCAACUCCUUCAUCAGGCUGCUCCUCUUGGCCUGGCUUUCUUCCACCUCUUGUCAUCAUCUUCUCACUGUGGCAUGAGCUCAUUGUUUUUCUCCCGGCGCAGUUUCGUUGCUGUGGAGUGACCAACCACACAGACUGGUUUGAGGUUUACAACGCCAGCCGCGUGCCAGACUCCUGCUGCCUGGAGUACAGCGACAACUGUGGCCUGGACAACCCGGGAACAUGGUGGACAGCGCCGUGCUACGAGCGGGUAAAGGACUGGCUUAAUGAGAACCUGGUGGCACUUUGGAUCUUUGCACUAUGCACAGCACUUACUCAGGUCCUGGGUCUGGUCUUCUCCAUGACAAUGUUCUGUCAGGCAGUGAAAGUGGAGACCUUCUACGCCUAGUGAUCGACCCUUCCCUUCCACCCUUUGGCGCACUUGGAUUGUUAUUCAUCAGAGAGGAACGGCCAUAGACCCACCCUGUUCUCCUCGUUCCUCUCUCCCUGCCUCUCCACCUGCUCCCCCUUCCCCCUCUUCUUUCCAGCGGUUGUCCUCUCUGUGACAUUCGCUCUUGGAUGUCACCGGUCAGUUUUCUUGCUAACUAUCAACAAGCACAGUGUCAGUGUAAUACCUGAGUUCCUAUGGUUUGCUCUGUGUCGAAAGCUAAUUUCUGUGAUACAUUUUAUGAAACAGUAUUACGAACAUGUAUAAAAAACAAAACAAAACAAAAUCCAGUGUAACCCCUUUUUUAAAAUCUGUGUUUCGGUUUUAAAUUAUUUUAUGGUUUGUAUGUGUUUUCAAAACGAGAGCUACAGUUGAGCAGUGUGCACUGUGUAAAGUGCUUUAAGUGCAUGUCUCCUGCAAUGAUGUGUAUUAAAUGUUUUGGCUCAAC